GGCCACCUAUGGACAUGGAGACCAUCGCAGGAAGCCUAUGGCUUCUACUUCGAGGUGCGUGUGGAGGCAGUCACCACAGGCAUGCCGGACGGCCUGGCGGUCGGGGUCACCAGCGAUGACCCGGCGCUUCUCGGCGAGGUGCCCGAGAUCUUGGACGGCCUGCGCCAGGCGUGGCUCAUAGGCUUUGAUGGCGUCAUGUUCGACAGCCACGACUUCAUCGAGGUGGAUUGGUACCCCUCCGAGCUGCGAAUAGGCGACCGGGUGGGGGUGCUAGUGGCACCCUCCGGGCAGCUCUCGGUGUAUGUGAACGGCAAGAAGCGGGUGGACGGACCCAAGAACGUGGACACCAGCAAGCCGCUCUUCCCAGCAGUGGAUCUGAUUGGCAACACCGAUGGCGUGACGCUGCUUCUGGAGGCCCGUUGCCCUGUGCGCCCGGAGAAGCAAGACAGCAAGAUGGACUUCCGCGCCUCAGCGGUGAAGGCGCGGGGCUUCCACCGGGCCUCCCUGGGCCGGUCCUUGCGGCUCUCGAAGGACGCCUGGACGGUGGAGCGGCUCGGCGCGGAGGAGCUGCAAGGCACCGCCAUUGGCGCCGCGCCGCUGGAGCUGCUGGAGAGCGGGCGCUACUUCGAGGUUCACAUCGACGAGGUGGUGCCGGACCAGCCGGAUGGCAUGGCGAUCGGCGUGACCAGCCAUAGGCCCGAGGAGCUGCUGGAGCCCGUGGGCUCCUCCGACGCCCUGCGCCCCGCGUGGCUCGUUGGCUUCGACGGCGCCGUUUGGGACGGCGCCAAGAUGGAAUGGCUUCUCAGCAGCUGGGAUACCCGACAGCUCUCCGCCGGCGACACCGUAGGCGCUUUGGUGGACCUUGGCAACGUGCUGCGCAUCUUCGUGAACGGCCAGCAGGUGGCGAAGGGGCCAACACUGCCGCCGGAGAAGACGGCACCGCAGGCGCUCCUCUUCCCUGUGGUGGACCUGCUGGGUGCAGUGCGGCGGCUGAGUUUGAAGCCCAUGGCCCAAGCGCCGCAGGAGCUACCCGAGCCGGAAGUACUUGCACCACCUGAGCCGGUGCAGCAGCAAGUCAUGUCCGGCUUCUACAGGGAAAAGGUGGGCGCCCAGCUCCAGCUGGAGGCCUCCGACGGCAGCGCGCGGCGCGCGGCAGGCGGCCUGGAGGGCGGGGUGCUGCUGGGCGACGCGCCGCUGGAGCCGCGCCAGGACGGGGCCGUGGGCUACUCCCUGGUGAUCACCUCCGCGGCUGCGGCGGGGGACAAGGAGGGCAUCGCCCUGGGCGUCACCACCCGCCCACCCAAAGAGCUGUCAGCGCUCCCGGCCACGGCCGACGAGGUGGACCCCUCCUUCCUGCUUGGUUUCGACGGGGCGGCCUGGGACGGCUCGGCGCUGAAGUGGCACUUCAGCGAGUGGCAGCCCCACACCCUGCAGGCAUCAGAUCGCGUGGAUGUCCUCAUGGAGAGAGGACGUUUGCAAGUGGCGGUGAACGGCUACCGGGUGGCGGCACAACAAAUGCAGGUCUCCAAUAGCAAGGUGCCCUUCUAUGCUUUGCUGGACAUCUCCAGCGCUGGCCUGGGUGUCUCACUGCAGCUGCCGGUGAAGACGCCCAGCUUAGCUUGAAGGAAGUUAAUGUUCAUCAGCCGAAGCGUCAAACGACGCGGCCUCCGGGCAAUGCUGAUCUGCAGAUGGUCAAGCGUAGGAUC